AUGGCCUCGGUGGCCGCGUGGCUGCCGUUCGCGCGCGCCGCGGCCAUCGGCUGGGUGCCGAUCGCCACCCACCCGCUGCCGCCGCCGCCCGUGCCCAAGGACCGCCGCAAGGCCGACGACGAGAAGCUGCUCAUCAACGUGAGCGGCCGUCGCUUCGAGACUUGGCGCAACACGCUCGAGAAGUAUCCCGACACGCUGCUCGGCUCCAACGAGCGCGAGUUCUUCUACGACGAAGAGACCAAGGAAUACUUCUUCGACCGAGACCCAGACAUUUUCCGGCACAUCCUCAACUACUACCGCACGGGAAAGCUUCACUACCCCAAGCACGAGUGCCUCACAAGCUACGACGAAGAGCUCGCCUUCUUCGGCAUCCUUCCCGACGUCAUCGGCGACUGCUGCUACGAGGACUAUCGGGACCGCAAGCGCGAGAAUGCCGAGCGGCUUAUGGACGACAAGCUAUCGGAGAACGGCGACCAGAACCUGCAGCAGCUCACCAACAUCCGGCAGAAGAUGUGGCGCGCCUUCGAGAACCCGCACACGUCGACGGCGGCGCUCGUCUUUUACUACGUCACCGGCUUCUUCAUCGCCGUGUCGGUGAUGGCCAACGUCGUGGAGACGGUACCUUGCGGUCUCCGGCCUGGGCGCGCGGGCACGCUGCCCUGCGGAGAGCGCUACAAAAUCGUCUUCUUCUGCUUGGACACGGCGUGCGUCAUGAUCUUCACGGCCGAGUACCUGCUGCGCCUGUUCGCCGCCCCGGACCGCUGCAAAUUCGUUCGCUCUGUGAUGAGCAUCAUCGACGUGGUGGCUAUCCUGCCCUACUACAUCGGACUGGGCAUUACUGACAACGACGACGUGUCGGGCGCCUUCGUGACGCUGCGCGUCUUCCGCGUCUUCCGUAUCUUCAAGUUCUCCCGGCACUCUCAGGGACUGCGCAUCCUCGGCUACACGCUCAAGUCCUGCGCCUCCGAGUUAGGCUUCCUCGUCUUCUCGCUCGCCAUGGCCAUCAUCAUCUUCGCCACCGUCAUGUUCUACGCGGAGAAGAACGUCGACGACACCAAUUUCACUUCGAUUCCCGCUGCGUUCUGGUACACCAUCGUCACGAUGACGACACUUGGGUACGGUGACAUGGUUCCCAAGACGAUUGCUGGCAAGAUCGUUGGAGGAGUGUGCUCCCUCAGUGGUGUGCUAGUGAUCGCUUUGCCGGUUCCUGUUAUCGUAUCUAACUUCAGUCGCAUCUAUCACCAGAACCAGCGGGCAGACAAGAGGAAGGCGCAGAGGAAAGCCAGGCUGGCAAGGAUUAGAAUAGCGAAGGCGUCGUCGGGAGCAGCGUUUGUGAGCAAAAAGAAGGCGGCGGAGGCCCGGCUGGCCGCCCAGGAGUCAGGCCUCGAGAUGGACGACUCGUACCACCAAGAGGACAUCUUUGAACUACAGCAUCACCAUCUCCUGCGCUGCCUCGAGAAAACGACUGACCGAGAGUUCGUGGAGAUGGAGGUGCCGUACAACGGGCAGCCGAAGCGGCCGGGGUCGCCGUCGCCGCUGGCGAGCCCGGCACACUCCGCCGCCAGCCACCCCGGGCUGCUGCACGCGUGCUGCGGCCGCUGCUGCGGCCAGCGCUAUCAGGUAGCAAACUUUCCCCCGCGCUCCCUUCCCCGCUUGCAGGUACAGCUACUACCUCCAAAAGACUAG